AUGGCUGUUCUUAAUAUCACCCUGGACUCCUCGGAACAUGAUCCAAACCAAAGCAGCUGUGAUGUGUUUGUCUACCAAAGAGCUGCAGUGGUCCUUUUCCCUAUUUUUUACUCUGUGAUUUUCAUCAUCAGUGCAUGUGGCAACAGUCUGGUUCUCUAUGUGAUCUGCCAGAGGCAGCAGAAGUUCAACUCUACCUCGAUCUAUCUGGUCAACCUUGCGCUGUCUGACGCCCUGUUCACACUGACAUUGCCAGGCAGAAUUACUUACUACGUCCGUCACUUUGACUGGCCCUUUGGUGACCUUCUCUGCAGACUGACCACACUUCUCUUCUUUGCAAACACCUAUGCAGGCAUUGGCUUCAUGACCUGUAUCAGUAUGGACAGAUAUCUGGCCAUGGUGCAUCCACAUCAGCUGCAGUGUUUACGGAGCGUGAGGGUUGUUCGCAGAGUCUGCUGCCUCGUCUGGGCUCUAGUAUCUCUGCAGAUAGCUCCUCUGCUGUUCCGCAGCAUGUUGCAAGUGCAGCAGGAAAGACGAACCUGCAUGGAGUACAUCAACUUUGAGGGCUCCCGCUUCACCCCUUACCUCCUCCUUCUGGCCUGUGCCAUCUCCUUCUGCUGCCCGCUCAUCGUCAUCAUGGGUUGCUACGCCAAAAUCAACCUAAAGCUUCGAGCUGCAGCCAAGCAGAACUCUAUGACCAGCCGAUUGAGGAGGAAUCAUAGAGCCAACACCAUCAUUCUCCUCAUCCUCCUCACCUUUAUCAUAUGUUUCAGCCCUUAUCACCUGAACAUUAUGCAGUUUAUGUUAAGAAAAAUACACCACCUGCCAACUUGUGAGGAACUGAGGGCCUUUAAAGUGUCCUCACAGAUUACAGUGUCACUGAUGAAUUUCAACUGCUGUUUGGAUCCAGUCAUCUACUUCUUUGCUAUAAAGACCUACAAAAAACGAGUGAUGAGCCUAUUUAAGGACUAUCUGUAUACUUCUGGCGCCUCCUCCAAAAUGACAGCUGAGAAUAGCAGCAGCAACACCUGA